GUGAUCAAAGGUGAUUGAGUGUCGGGGAUCAAGAGUGAGGUUAUUAAUGUAUACCGUGCUCAGGAAUUAAAUGGAAUUAGUGGAAUUUGUGCGAUUAUUUUUCGCAUAUUAAGCGACGGACAUGCAGGACGCGUUUCGUAGAUUAUUAGUGCAAUGAUUUCGUGACAUUGGAGCUUGUAAUCUGCUAUAAAAGUGUGAGUGCACGAGGUGCUAAACUGUCGAAAAUGAAGUUCAGUUCAAUGGUCUGAGUUUAAGUUUGUUUAGAACGGCUUAGUGCUAAUUGCACGGCUUCGAAAUUCUUAUCGUUUCCGUUCUACACUGCGGUUUUAAAAAUAUCAACAAUGCCCCAUUUUGUUAGCACUGAGAAAGAAACGGCUCAAAAUAUGAACGACAUGACUUCCGAUUUCGCAUGCCUGAAGGUUUCUAUAUUACAGAAGGCCUCUCGCAUUUCUGAUAAAGUAGAUCAAAUAACUAUUGGUCCUGAUUCUAUCGCUUGCGAUGAAAAUUCAAUUCAGACCGAAAAUAUAGAAAAUGAACUGAAUUCUUGCAAUGUCGAUAACUCAAAAAAAUGUUAUAACUCAAAAUCAGAAGCCAAAGUUUCUACCAGAAGCGGUAUCACAUUCUCCAUUAAAAAAAUACUACUAGAAAAUGAACGUCAUAGAAAGGAAGAAGUCAGGAAAGCAAUUGAUCAUCGAUGGAAACAAAUGGAAGAAUCAAGACGUGCCAUGCAAAAGGAGAUGACAAUACUUAGAUCAACUAUGGCUAAACAGCGAGUGCAACAAGAAGCGGAAGAACUUGCACGAUUGGAGGCAGAGGAGGAGAGAGCAGCACAGCAGUCAGAAAUGCGUAGGAAGCAUGAACAACAGCUGCAUGCUCAGCGAGAAGUGGAGCGCAAGCAAAAAUUAGAACGUGAAGCUGAAGAACAUAGACAGAAAAUCAAAGAAAGAGAAGAAUUAAUUGGAAAGGUGACACCGCUUCAACUUAUGUUUCGGACUAAAUGCGAAGACAUUGGAAUGCUGUCCAAUGUUUGCAAAGACAAGAAGACUGCGAGUCAUGUAAUAGCACCGCACAUUGUGAAGUUAAAAGAAUUGAGCCACCUCAUGGAUUUAAUUAGUAAAAGGGCUUGUACAGGUGAAUUGACACAAGCCGAUGUUGAUGCUGCAGAAGCGAUAGUGCGACAUAGUGAAACUGUCUUACAAUUGUUUGAAUUGGAAAUUGAACGUAUCGAUGCUGCAUACGAUGCCGAGAUAGCUCGCAGAGAAUAUGAAGCCAAGCAAGCGGAGCUCCAAGCAGAAGCUGAAGCUAAGAGAAAUCAGAAUAAUGUAGACGUUCAAGAUUCUGCUAUAAAUUAUGGCACUCAAUUUACGGACAAUCAACUUCCUUCGGAAGAAAAUAAAGGCACUGAGAAAUAUGAUGACCCAGUUUGUGCUCCACAGGAAAGUGUCAGCUCUGUACCUCAGACUCACGUUGUAGAAACACCUGUAACUAACGUCGCAUCCGAAGAGGAUGCGAAGGAUAUUUUGGACAACGAUUCGCUACAACUAUGUCUGACCUGUGGGCAAUUUUUGAAAUCCCACCUCGCUUCGUACCAAGACCUCUUGAAGUCAGAUUCUUCGAAAAAAUUGCUCUUUGAGUGGAGAAAGGCAAUAAAUAUUCCAGUUAACGCAAUUUCUGGAAUCAGCGGCCAUCAUUUAACAGACAAAUAUGAUAAGCUGCACCAACUUCUCGCAGGCAAGGGAAUGUCUAAUAAUUCACAGAGCGUACAAGGAGUAGCAUUCUGCAAGGAUAUGCUGGCAAAGAAAAUUGUGAAUCAAGGAGAGACUCUCAUUUCCAGCAAACCGAAAAUGGCCUUUCCCAUAGCUGCCGUAGCAGUGGCUUUGUGGAACGAUUACCCGGAUUUUGGAGUCUUGCUUUUGGCCCACUUCCACAAAACGUCUCCCUACACGAUCCCCAUAUUCCCAGCGAGAUACGAGGGGCAGUCCGACGAAAACUAUUCCAGGUCUCUCGGUUAUCGAGACAGUGAAAACGGAGACAUGGAAACCGAAGACAAGUACUUGAAGAGGAUGUCCGGAUUAAUGCGGUUGUACGUCUCCAUAAUGGUUACCAGGCAAAGGAAAGGCGUUACCAAAGACCAUCCUCAUGGACUUAGAAACGCAUGGAGAUGGUUGGCAGCCACACUUAACGCAGUUCCCCGGGCCGAACUGGCAGACGUGUACGCCACACUUAUGCUGGAUGUCCUGGAGGUUGCUGGAAAUGCUCUCUGGUCUGCCUAUCCGAAACAGUUUCCGAAAUUAUUAUCAUUACUCACGAGUCAGUAUUAUCUUCACAUGCAAAAAUCCGGAGCAGCCGGCGGACCUAUGUCACGCCUGGAGGCGUUUUUAAAUAAUUGUAUCUCGAAAGGUGGCAUCCCACCACCGGAGGGGCAACUACCUCCGAAUUUUUGGUAGUCGUCAGGGAACCUUUAUCUAAAUAUCGACCGUCGAAUAAAAUAGCGGGUUAAAUUUGUGCAUGUUUUCUGGUGAAUGAAGUAUUUUUAAGUCUGCUGAAUCGUUAACGAGACUAGUAAUAUUCGUAUAAAAUAGAUACAACAUACCUUUA